AUGGAGGAAAUUAAAACGCAGUUCAAAGGCUUCAACUUCCCCGAGCUCCUCGUCCAGAGCUUGGAGGAAUCCGAGGUGUUCUUCAACAACCAGUCCAUGACCGCCGGUUACCCAUGCCAAGGCCUUGCAGCAGCGACCCACGUGGACGAGGACUAUUCAUAUCGGACAUCAGAUCAAAUGUCAAACCAAGGGCGGGCACCAAACCACCACCACCACCGACGAACCUCCUCCCGUACUUCAUCCCAUUACCAAUCUGUGACCCACCAGAGUGCCCGGCACUCCCUCUACGAGGGCACGGAGCGCAGAUUGGUGGCAGACAUGCCGGGGUACCAUGAGCAAUUUGGGGCCGGGGACGACUCUUCUGAUACCUUCAGUGAUUCAUCUGUGGAGAGAAUGCCACCUUCGAUCAGAACCCGCCAGCAAUCAGUGGUCACAACUACCACCUCGAUUUCCGGUCGCAGCUCUUCGCCAUUCUCUAGCAAGCCCCACUCACCCUCUUCCACCUCGUCGAAACCGACUACAAACCGUCAAGGAACGUGGUUUGAUGAUGAGCCAGACCUGAUGCCCGGAUCAGAAGAGCCCGACAUGGUCAACGACCGUUAUGUUCCCCCUCGGCCGCAAACAGCCCUGGGAUUCAACGACAAAAUUCUCGCCAAGACUGUACCGUCCUCUCCAACUUCUCCGAGGACGCUGUUCCCGAAUGCGAUGCCGAUGGCACUGCCGAUUCACUUGACCGACAAUGGUGAUCGGCCGCGCACAUCUUCGGGGCAGUCUUGUAUAGGGAAGCCCCGCAUCAUUGACAUACAUCCGCCAGUUGUACCCAAAAGGAAGUCGUCACUGAGGAAACUCCAUCUUCAGAAACCGGCAGCGCUACCUGCAUUCUGCCAACAGGAAGGGGCGGCCAGCGACGCGGACGGUUCUCAGCUCGGCAAUGUUCAGACUAGGGGCAUAACACUACUCCCAUCCCCGACGUUGCCAGUGCUUUCGACGCCCGGGGGCAGAACGAUCAUCGAUGCCUCGAAAAGGCCGUCGCUUGAGCUAUAUAUGAAGAAGAAAGUUCCACACUCACAGACGGUGCCUACGGAGGUUGGUGUAGCCAGGCAGGAAAGUGUGAGAGAUCAACACUCGGCGGGAGACAGCGUCUCAGAUUUACGCUCGAAGCUGAGUGUGAAGACGUCGACUGGACACCUUCAAGGGUGGCUGCGAUCGCAUACGGAGCCAGCAGUUGGUCGUGUUCGUGCGUCUAGCUUCGUUCCAAACAGUCCUGUGGCGGGUGUUCCCUUGCCUGCAGACGUGCUGAACACUCUGCGCAUCUCGACCUCUUGUUUUCCGGAAACCACGCUGCUCACCUCCAGCCUGUCCAUCGAGACCAUACGGACCUAUUCCAGGAAGCUCAAACACCGGGUCAGAAGGCCCACCAACAGUAUCGACGACGAAGACAACGAGUCGAUCUUCACCUUUUCGAACCUAAGCACCAAGUCGCGCAAGCGUUGGAACCUCCCCAACCUGAUGCAAAGCCGGCGCGCCAAUAAGAGAUUUGCAAGCUACGCCCACGACCUGACCGCAAAUACCUUCCCCGAGCCGAGAGCGAGCAAAACCUCGGGAGUGCCAGAGUGGGCACCCAUCAAGAACAUCUUCCCCACCGGCACCGACCGCCUGUGCGACGCCCUCUACGCGCACCUAAUCGCCUACAACUACAUCGGCACCCUUUGCCCGCCCCAACCCGGCACAUCGUCGCACAUUCCCAAAGAGACCAACAAUGCUCCUCAGCGGAAUCCUAGUAGCCCGACCCGCCACUCAGACGAUAACAACGUGCGCCGCAUCCCCAGAAAGGCCGAGAGCAUCCUGGGCAUGAACGACGAAGCAGCCGCGAACUUUUCCUCUAGUGGUCUUUACUCUCCCAGAGACGGCGGCUUCACCCGUCCAUUCACCAGAGACAGCGAAAAAGCAGGUGGUGCGCCAAAGAUGUCGACCAGCAGCGGCGGCGGCGGCGGUAGCAACGGCGCUGGUGGUUGCGACUUGGCUAUGCUAAGGGACAUUCACGCUGGUUUAGCGAAGUGCAUUGCGCGUUUGGUUACGACGCUGAAGCUGACUACUGGAGAGGGUAUGGUGGAAGGAGAGGCGCUUUCACCGAAGGAGACGGCGGCGUUGGAUCCGUUCUUGUUGAGGACGCUUUGCGAGUUGGUGAGGUGUGCUGAGGAGGCGGUUUGUUGA